AUUUCUAUGGCAUAUUUUAGGGUGAAAAGGAUUCCCACCACUGGGAAGAAUUCAGAAGUGUGUUCUGGCACAGAGUGAGCAGAAGAGGAGGAGGGAAGACAGCAGCAAUUUUUUCCCCUCAUCUCAGCCUCUGCAGGCGUUUCUUCUGUGGGAGAAUGGGGGCAGGAGCUCUGACCAUCUGUCACAACAAGACAGCAGUGCAAGUUAAAGAAGACAUGAAGAAGAUGGUCCAGAUACCCAUACUGAGACCCAGGACAGUGGCAGCCAAGCCCACCAAGCUGUUUGGAGCAUCCCUAUUUGAGUUGCGAGAGAAGGGCCUGAUGGAGAAUGGUGUGCCUCUGGUGGUGCGGAGGAUGGUGGAGCAUCUUCGCAAGCAUGGCCUACACCAGGAGGGUCUGUUCAGAGUAAAUGGAAAUGUCCGGGCUGUGGAGACCCUGAAACAGCGGCUGGAGGGUGGCGAGGAAGUGGACUUUCUCUCUGAAUCUGAUACAUGUACAGUGGCCAGUUUGCUUAAACAGUAUCUCAGAGACCUACCAGAGGGUCUGGUAGACUCAACAGUCCAACAAGCACUGAUACAUCAUUACCAAGAAUGCAGUGAUGAUGGCUCCUCGUCAGAUAUUAGAGACCUUCUCCAGCAGCUUCCAGAUGUCCACCACAGCCUCCUUCGUUACCUCUGCCACUUCCUCACCCUUGUGGAGUGCAACCACAAAGAGAACCGCAUGACUGCCCUCAACCUUGCCACUGUGUUUGGACCCAGUGUCUUCCACGUGGCUCCAGGUUUUGAAGCAAUGAAGGACCAAAACAUUUGUAACAAGAUAAUGGUCAAGCUCAUCCAGAACUACAGCAAUAUAUUUGAGACAGACAAAGAAAAAGAAAGCUGCACGGAAGAACUGUCAACCCUCAUCGUUGUCAAGUCCCAGGAGGUGCACGUGACAGAUACAGACGUAAAGAAGUCCCCGACACCAGUUCCCAGGAUGAAAGUUGGACAAGCAAACAUAUCAGAAAAUGCAGAGCUUGUGAACAAAUCCUCCACCAACACUCCGAAGGCAAGACCAAGGAAGAAGAAGGUGAGGAAAGCGAAGAGUGACGGCAUGCCUGAAGUUGUCCCUCAGCCCAGUCGCUCUGCUUGGUUACCUCGUGCGAGGCCUCUCUCCAUACCAAUAGUUUUGCCCCUGACCUCUGAGCUGAGGAGCCCUAGUCCAGAGGCGAUGGAGACGACUCCCGUACCUCUGACCUGCCAACACACCCCAGACACUUCCUCGCACCUCAACCAUCUUGAUGUCAGCCCCUCUUGCAGCAUGGAGGUCCUCAGUAGUUCUCAAGAAGACGAGAGGCCAAUAUCUCCUUUCUACAUGAGUAACCACCUCUCCCCUGUCCACUGCAGACCAGAUGUGGUGAAUUUUCUGGACAGGACGAUACGUUCAACAGUGGAGCAGCAUGUCUUUGAUGUAAACCCUUUAAGGGAUCAAAGUUCAGGGGACUGUGAGUCGACCCUAUGUCCGCCAUCUCCAAAGGUGACGCCAACUGCACGACAGAGACGUCGACACCAGAGAGAGCAGCAGGAGGAGGGCCUCAGACACAGAGAAAGAAACAGAGCUGCGUUCGUCUGGGCAGACACCAACAAGGAGAACAUACCGUCAAGCGGUGGAAGCAGUUCAGGCAGCGUGGGGGAGGACACAGGCAGCAGCAGCGUGGACUCACAGGGAGCCCAGAGCGGUCACACUGAGCAAACCCCCAAACCCAGGAAGUCAAAACACAGCCCUACGCUGGUGCAUCUCACGGACAACCAGGACGCCCACGCAGUAAAGGAAUGUGUUGGUGAGAGACCUGAAGCAAACCACAUGGAUGCAAUUCAGAAAGGGAAUGACAUUUCAAGAAAAGAUGGCCUUCCUUCUCCUCCAGAGACGUUAAGGAUGAAGAUCCAGGAGUCGCCCGUCACUUGUGACACGGGAAGGGUCAGCGGCGGGGAGGUGCGAGGCUCUGACCCGGACUGCGAGAAGACGAGCUGCGAGGAUGUUCCCCGGCUGGACCUGACAGCACUGACCGAGGACAACAACUGGGGAGAUUCUCAGUUCAUUAACACCCCUUUCCUUGAUUUCAAAAGCAUUUUCCAUACAAGUUGUUGUGAUGAACCAGUCCCAGCGUACUCCUCACUGCAGAGAGAGAGCAUGGACCGCGAGGAGGCUCGACUGUCCCCUCACGCCGGGGGUCGACUGAUCCGCCAGCUGCUGGAGGAAGACAGCGACCCCAUGCUGUCCCCUCGCUUUUACGCCUAUGGACAGUGCCAGCAGUACCUGGACGACACUGAAGUGCCUCCCUCACCGCCAAACGCACACUCGUUUGUCAGUCGCAGACGGAGUUCAUCUCUCGGCUCCUGUGACGAUGAGAAAGAGGAGCUGACGUCGGCUCAGCUAACAAAGAGGAUUCAUGUCCUGAAGAAAAAGAUCCACAGAUUUGAGGAGAGGUUUGAAGAGGAGCGAAAAUACAGGCCCUCCCACAGUGAUAAAGCUGCAAACCCAGAAGUGCUGAGAUGGGUAAAUGAACUGGCCAAGCUUCGUAAAGAGCUUAAAGAACACAAGCUGAUGAAGUCUGAAGAGGAUCUGCCGCCUCUGACCCGUCAGCGCAGCAACACACUGCCCAAAAGCUUCGGCUCUCAGCUGGAGAAGAAACCUCAGCAGGAGAAAGUGCCAAAGCCGUCGGUGGAGAGCACCCUGGAAACGAUUUUAAAGAAGCUGCAGGAGAAGAGGGAGGAGGUGAACCGCCCCGAGGACAUCAAGGAUAUGACACGGGAGCAGAUCGCGGCAGAGAAAGUCGCCCUGCAGAAAACUCUCCUCUACUAUGAGAGCAUACAUGGCCGACCAGUCACCAAAAGCGAGAGGCAAAUCAUGAAACCCUUGUACGAUAGGUAUCGCCUGGUCAAGCAGAUCCUGUGCAGAGCCUCCACCAUCCCUGUCAUUGGCUCUCCCUCCAGCAAGCGCAGAGGUCCCCUCCUUCAGCCCAUUAUCGAGGGCGAAACCGCACUCUUCUUCGAUGAUAUCAAGGAGGAAGAGGACGGCUCAGAGGACGACGGAGACUCAAAGACUCAGUUCACCGUGACCGUCAGGCCCGACCUCAGCAUGCUGGGCUUCCUGGAUCACAUGGACGAGGAAGUGGACGGCUUCAUUUCACCAGUGGACGAACUCUCUCCAUCUAAGAACACGACAGACAUGAGGCUAUCCAACCUUCACUCCGCCACCAUGCAGGAGCUCGUGGAGCAACUCCAGGAGACUAGAGAGGAGAAGAAGAGAAUCCGCAAAAACCUGAAAGAGUUUGAGGACCAGUUCUUUAGACAAAACGGAAGAAAUGUGCAGAAGGAGGACCGCUCCCCACUGGCAGUGGAGUACAACGAAUACAAGCACAUUAAAGCCAAACUGCGGCUGCUGGAAGUCCUCAUCAGCAAAAGAGACUCGACUAAGUUCAUCUGAGAAAAAAAAUAAAAGACUCUAAAAGGACUGUUGCUUAGUUUCCGGAGAUACAGUUAAAACACAUCUCACCCAGCAGGAGAAAAGAUCUGAUUUUCGCCAUCUGUGCUGCUCAUGUUUCUGGCUCGGGGAACAGCCUGUGAGUCCGUUCUGUCGAGCACAGCAGCGUUUUCCUCUGACGCCCACAGAGAGCCGCCGACCCACGACUGAUUCACAGCGACACAAAGUCACCUGCUUCACCUGAGAAGUUAAUUUCCAACAAAACCUCACCUUCACAAGAGGACGUUUCUCGAGACUUGAGCAAGAUGCACACAAAUAACCCGAAUCACACUUGUACUGCUAAUAAUUUAUUUCUAUUCUUUUGAAUGUUUUUAUCAGAGCAGAACAGAAAAGUUAUUUUUCUCAUGCUUUACUGUAGAAGUCUUAAAAAAUAACUAAUAGAUAUAAAAUUACUGCUAUUUUUAAGAAGAAGGAUUUUGUGAUCAAGAUUUAUGUGUAUUUUUGUAAGGGAGACGUUACUAUUUGUAUAACUUCAAUCAGCUGAGCAGUAUUCACUAAACCAAUAGCUUUCUCUGUUUCAGUUCUGACCAUCAAAUAUAUAAUGUCUGAAAUAAUCUUAUGUCACUUCUCUAGAAGUUAAGUUGGAGUUUUUGCUCACUAAAAGAAGUGGUUUCUAAUUUUAAUACAAUCCAAAGACUCAGAGUACAAACUCCGAACCAAAAUGACUCAAAUGUUCAUUAUAUUCGAGAAAACUGUUUAUUUUUUGUGAUCACUGGUACUUACCUAAGCACCUGACUGUAUGUUUUAAACGUUGACGUUAUCCCCUCCCCCACCACCCCAUUCACUUCAUGUCAAAUAAGCUAUUUCUCUUCUUGAAAUCACUGGUAUGUUUGUGCUCACACUGAUCAGAACUGACAAGGCCAUUUGUGAGACGACUGCAGAGGACAGAAAUGGUCGCUAAAAGCCCCAGUUUUUCCAGCGGUCUGUGUUUCUCGUCCUUUUGUAAAUAUGGAUCACCGUGUAUGUUUACAUUUCUGUAAGCGAGUACUUUUUUCCUUUCUUUCUCCAAAAUGGAUGAUUAUCAGUGUGAAUUUCGUUUUUUACUGAAUGUAAACACUGACAAGGCUUAAUGAAUUUUGAGUGUGUACAUUUUAGUACAUAAAUUGUAUUUGUAUUUUGUAUAUAUUAUGAAUGAAAUCAUAUUUUUACUGAA